CUUCAACAUCAUAUAUCACUCAGAACCUCUCAAUCGCUACCUUCUGGGUAUAAUCCUGUCAAGUCUUAACUGACAUCACAAUCGUUUCGCAAACUCCAAUCGCUUGGUGAUUUACGGCGCUAUAAAAUAAUUCUUUCGCUAAUACCAUUGUGGUCAAAACACCGAUCAACAUGAAGCUAAUUCAGAUCCUGGCUCCCACUGUUGGGUUGUUUGCUGCUGUCAAGGCAUGGAAUGAGUCUGCGGUUUACACCACCGUCAUAGAGACUGACUACACCACUUACUGCCCUUCCGCGACUACUUUCUCAUACCAAAAUGUGACGUACACUGCUACCUCGGAAACUACCAUCACCGUCACCAACUGUCCUUGCACGGUCACCUAUUCUACAUCUCCACCGGUCUCGUACCCUACAUCCACACCCUCCUCAUAUCCCACAUCCGUACCGUACUCUUCGUAUCCCACUUCCGUGCCAUACACCUCGUACCCUACGUCUGCGCCUUACUCCACGGGAACCAUUUCUUACCCCACCUCUAACGUGAGCUCUACAUACAUCACUUACCCGACCUCCUCGCCAACCUACCCUGGAAGCGUUCCUGUCACCACUCCGGAAGUUCCCACUAACACUCCUGUCCCACCCACUUCUACCGGCCCGGCCACCGUUCCUACUGCCGCUGCCAACAAGCUUGGAUCUGUCGGCGCUCUGCUCGCUGCCGGUCUUGCUGCUCUCGCUCUGUAAACGGAGUAUUACGGGAUUAACCCUCGUAACACUAUUGCAUUUUACAGAUACCCUUUUUUCUACUUUUAAUGUUUGGUUAACAAAUGAUUCCCGAGUUUUGGAAGCAUUUUGGGCGGAGUGAUUUUUGCGACGACGUUCUAUACCCUCAUUGAGCCGAGCCACAUUUGGAACUUGGUACAUUAGUUAUGAUGUUUUGACGAGAUAAUGUGGGCCUCAUGGGGGCAAACGAGAUUACGUUAAAUGGCUCACAUUGGGAGAGGGCGGAAAUGGUAUUUAUCACAUUAAUUUGCGUAUAUACACGCAUCAAUAUUAGCUAAUUUUCGACGCUGAAUAUGCUCGAGAACUCACACUCCUUGGAAAAUCACCUACCCGAUUAUUUGGGCGUCGUGAGACGAUCGUAUAUAGAAUCGAAUAUAGUGAUAGUUCCCAGAA